UUCGUGCUUUUUCGGUUUCAACGUCUAUACGAUAAAAGGAAAAUGGCACAAUCUCCAAUUGGAACUUGCGAAAUUUGUGUUCAAGCACCAGGAUCACAGUACUGUAAACAAUGCCGACAAUACUUUUGUAACAACUGUAAGACUGCUCAUCUAAGAUCAAAUAUGGCACGUAAUCAUGUAUUUGGAAAAAGAAACGAGAUAGGCCAAGAGGAAGAGUUUUACUGUAGGCAUAUUAAUCGACAAAUGUUUAUGUGUAACGAUUGCGAUUUUCCGUUAUGUAAGGCUUGUUUAGUCGAAAACCACAAUGGCCAUAGCGUGGAGGAUUUGGAUAAAAUAUUUUCAUCUUUGCACGACCAAGCAUCUACAAAAAUGAAAGGAAUCGUAAAUGAUUUUAAGCGAAAAAGCGGUGGCAUGAAAUCAAUGACAACGUCUUAUGAGAAGGAGAGCGAAAAGCUUGAGCGAGCGAUUUCGAAACAAGGUGAACUAAUAAAGUCUAGUGUUGACAAAAUGGUUAGCGCAAUUAUUGAAAACGUUAGGAAAUCUCGUGGAAACGUGAAAAAACAUUAUCCUACGUGUGUUGAUGAUGCAAUUUCAACUACAUGCAAAAAAUGGCAACAGCAGUUAGAUGAAAUUGGACAGAAAAAAGCAACCGGGUCGUCUGUUUUUGAAAUUCAGAAACUUCUCGAUGACAUGAAAACAAUGGAACUUCCAAACCUGCCUGAUGUACCUACUGUUACAUAUCGUUCAAAACCAGUCGACGAAAACAUCAUCAAGGAUUUACUAGGAGGUGUCAAAUUUUUAUCCUUUUCGAAACCAAACCCAAAAUCGAAAGGUUUGUUUCUGGUACCUGAAUCGUCUGGGUAUGGUUUACGUUUUGUCGGUGGAAAGGAUGUAAAUGAAGACGUAUACGUGUCUUAUGUUUCCUCUGAUGGCCCUGCUGCUAAGGCAGGUCUUAAACAAUUUGAUCGAAUAAUCGCAGUGGAUGGAAAACAAACUAAAGGCCUGACACACGGUGAAGUUACAAGCAUAUUUAGGAAUGCGAAAGGCAAAGACAAUGUGUCAAUAACAAUUGAGCCUUUUCAGCAGUAGAUUUGUGUGUAUUAUAAACAUUGUUUUCGUACUAUUUUGUUAAUAUCUGAUUCAAAUUAUUCAGAAUUUCAUUUUUUGACGAAAUAUCAAAAUCAAUAAAAUAAAUCGUUGGUAAAAUUUUGAAAAAAACAUUAGAAAAAUUAAAUAAUGGAACUUGAAAAAACAAUUGGCAUUUAAAACUUUUUUAAUUUAUUCACCUUAUUUAUUGUUUUAAUUUUUGUAAUCACUUAUUUUUUUUAUUUAAAUAUAGAAUAAAACAAUAAAUUCUAAAAAAAAAUUCACUGUUCAGUAUCGAAGCUGUAUAAGUAACAACAUAUUGACUGCUUCUUCAUCUUUAUCCUGUGUAUUUGGCGAAGAUCCCAGAAAUGUGAAUAACAAUCAUAUUACUAAUAAAAUGAACACAUCAUUUGACUUAUAGAACGAGUGGCAGUAUAAGCUUUUGUUCCAACACACCUAGUUGAGGAUGUUUAGUUUACAACUCUGGAAUACAUUGGCAAAGCUGACAACCAUAGAUGGAAUAAAUGUAUAAAUAUGCUUUACAUCUUUUAUAAAUUAUGUUUGUAAAAAAACAAAAAACUUUACCAUAUAUUGUUGUAUGUUCUAUGUGUCUUAUUAUCACCGAGAAACUCUUAUGAUGAAUUAUUUAGAAACCAGUGACAAUUUUUGUUAUUAGUUGUAAGUUGAGUGAUCCCAUUGAAGAUAUUUGAUCUA